AUGUCGGACAAUCCCUCAGGACCUUCAAGAGGAACCCCUAAGCCCCUCCCCACGACGAACCCUCCUCAAGCGGGCGGCACCGGAAAGCCGAAGAAGCCUCCUGCUCAAAACGGAGUUGGACAUCCUUCCAAGGGUUGGGAUUCUCUUCGGGAUCCAGAGCUAGAUAAGAAAGAGGAUGUCGGGGGCUCUAAGAGCAAAGAAUGA